CCUAAUUUGACCUAAAAGUCAAUUGUACGGCACAUUAUCUACGAAGAAUAGUGUAUGAAUAUGGUGUAUUCUUAGCGUAGAAUAUCGUUUUUAGGCUAGAUUUGUGUAGUAAAACGCCUUUUGAAUUAGCUGUUUUCGGUUUAACUCAUUUUAUGGUAAAAUUUGAUGGAUAAUAGUGCAAGGAACCAUGUUGCCCGGCCUUACUCUCUAAUGGCGUUCAGCCGUUUUCGCAAUCUAAUCACAGAAUAUGGAAUUGAAAUGACACUUGAAGAAACGAUAUCAACCUAAGACAAGUUCCCAUUAAUGUACCCUUUUCUUGUUUGGAACAUUUUGCGUACUCGUGCGGCAACCAUUCAGUGUCAUAAACAAUUAUAAGUUUCUGAUAUUCGUGAAAUAACUGUGAUAGUACAAAAUGUGAUAUACCUAUCCAAAAAGUUAGUAUUGAUGAUAAACACAGCUGCAAAGAACUUGUAUAUGUUUUGUUUUUAUCAGACUGUCCAAUGCUUAUAGCAUUUUUCAGGAACAGCAGGGACUACCUAUAUUAAAUAAGGAUGGAUAAGGACCAGAAGAAAAACUCAAAGCAUCGUGGUGCUGGUGACUCCCACAACACCAGACACAGUGUUAAUUUGAGUUCUGGUGUGCUAAUGGUGGGACCGAACUUCCGGGUCGGCAAAAAAAUCGGCUGUGGCAAUUUUGGCGAGCUCAGGCUGGGCAAGAAUUUGUACAACAAUGAGCAUGUCGCCAUUAAAAUGGAGCCGAUGAAGUCGAAGGCUCCACAACUUCAUUUGGAGUAUCGGUUUUAUAAACUUCUUGGCAGCCACGAGGGAAUCCCCGAGGUGUAUUACUUCGGCCCUUGCGGCAAAUACAAUGCGCUGGUGAUGGAACUCCUCGGUCCAAGCCUUGAAGAUCUGUUUGACUUGUGCGAACGAAGGUUUUCUCUUAAGACUGUCUUAAUGAUUGCAAUACAGUUGCUGCAUCGAAUCGAGUACGUGCAUUCGCGGCAUCUCAUCUACAGAGAUGUAAAACCUGAAAAUUUUCUCAUCGGCAGGCAGAGUACAAAGCGAGAGAAAAUUAUCCACAUAAUAGAUUUUGGAUUAGCUAAGGAAUAUAUCGAAUUGGAAACUAAUAAACAUAUUCCGUAUAGAGAGCACAAGUCUCUAACGGGAACAGCUAGAUAUAUGUCUAUUAAUACCCAUUUAGGUAAAGAGCAAUCUCGAAGGGACGACUUGGAGGCCCUUGGACAUAUGUUUAUGUAUUUUUUGAGGGGCUCGUUGCCUUGGCAGGGCCUCAAGGCCGACACGCUCAAAGAGCGGUACCAGAAAAUCGGGGACACGAAAAGGGCCACCCCUAUAGACACUCUGUGUGAGAAUCACCCGGAAGAAAUGGCGACUUAUCUUAGAUACGUUCGAAGGUUAGACUUUUUUGAAAUGCCUGAUUACGAGUAUUUGCGGAAUUUGUUUACUAAUUUAUUCAAAAAGAAAGGUUACGUGGACGAUGGGGAAUUCGACUGGACCGGUAAGACGAUGAGCACGCCGGUGGGAUCACUCCAGACUACCACUCACGACGUUGUGAUAUCUCCAAACCGUGAGCGACACGCUGCGCCAAAGACUAACAAAACUAACGCAUGGCCUGAAGCUUCCAAGCAAAGCACUUUGGGUAACUUGACCCCUGAUCGCCAUGGUUCUGUUCAGGUGGUCAGUUCAACCAACGGCGAACUGAAUACGGACGACCCGACGGCUGGACACAGCAAUACACCCAUCACACAACCUCAAGAAAUUGAGCUUCUGGAUGAAACCAAGUGUUGCUGUUUCUUUAAAAGAAAGAAGAAAAAAAACCCACGAUCGAAAUGA